AUGUGGGUCGAAAGGAAUAAAGUUAAAGCUAAAAACAAUACUUUUAUCAAGCAAGCAUGGAUGACAAAAGUUUCGGAGAAAUCAUCACGCUUGAAAACUAUAUUAAAGUAUUUAAAAUUGUAUUGUAAACAUUCCAGUAUAAACAGUUUAAAAUACCUUGUCGAUUCUCAAAGACCUUGGUUUGAGAGAAUUACGUGGGUUAUUAUACAUUGCAUAAUUAUAUCUGUUCUGGUGAGUAUGGUUUAUACUUCUUAUCAAGAAUUUGUGUCAUCACCUAUAGUAAUUUCCAUGGAUGCACAUGAUCAUAAAACGGCCACUUUAGCCUUUCCAGGAAUCUCCAUCUGCUCCAUUAAUAGGAUUAGUUUGCAAUCCGCGAAAAAACUGGCGACCAAUAUUUCUAACGCAAAAAUCACGGAUCAGUCAGUCGAUGAAAUUCUCGAUUUGAUAAAGCAGCUGGGCAAUCUCUACGUUUCUGUGAUGGUCAAUAAUAAUAGUCAAGAUGUGAAAUUAGAUAAACUUUUAACAACUUAUUAUAACGGGUCUUAUGAUAUCACUGAAAUAAUGAAAACUCUGACACCACAAUGUUCGAUGUUAAUGAAAUGUAAGUUGCAUGGAAUCUACAGAAAUUGCUCAGAGCUUUUUGAGUUUCGCAAGACGCAGGACGGAUACUGUUGUACCUUCAAUUAUGUGCGUGAAAGCGAUGACAUCCCCAAACUGAACAAUAUAAUUGAACCAAGAGACCAGGAAUCAGUGAAGACUCUCGGAAUAAUAGGCGGUCUAUCGGUCAUGAUGGAUCCACUUUUGGAUGACUAUUUCUAUUCAAUAUUGCCCGUUAAGGGUUGGAAAGUGGUCGUGUUCAAUCCUACUGAUUAUCCGGAUAUGACCAGUGGUGGUGUCACGGAGGUACUCGCAAUGCCUCAAUAUGAAACAUAUUUGAAUGUGGAAGCAACGCUCUUUAGCAGUAGUCGUAACAUUAUAAAUUUACCCAGAAAUAAACGUAACUGCGUUUUUUCAAGUGAAAUAAUUUUUUCAAAUAUUACAAUAUAUACUUAUAGCGAUUGUAUCGUUAAUUGUAAGAUUAAUGACAUACAAAAGUACUGUGGAUGCAGACCAUUCAUUUACCCACGUCGUGGCAAAGAAGACCAUUCAUGGCGUAUUUGUAAUAUCACGGACUUCCAAUGCCUAUCUAAGUAUAAAUCUAAACGAAUGACAAUUUUCUCUCACGAGGACGUAGAAUCCAGUCUUUUUCAAGAAGAAAAUGAUGCUUUACAUUGUAUAUAUUGUUACCCUGCCUGCAACGACACUAGAUAUAGUGUAUUAAGUAUGAGAGCUUUCAUGGAUCACGGUACAUUUGAACCUAACAUAUUUCCAAAUUACAAAAUUACUAAUGAAGGAUUGCUGCAUGUAUACUUUUCGAAACACCGCACAAUCAAAUUGAGACAAGAUAUGUCUUCUUACUGGUAUAAUCUCUUGAGUGAUAUCGGCAGUAUAUGUGGCGUCUUCAUCGGCUUUAGUUUCAUCGCUAUAGUGGAGCUUCUGUACUUCUUUGUACUCCUGUUUUGCGAUUUGUUCUGUAAAAAAUCGGUAUUGCAGAAAGAUGAUCGCAAGACUGAAAUCCCACCAGACCAAAUUCAAACCAAAGGAAAAUUAUAUUGGAAUGAACUGUUGCCGCGAUCUUGGCAUUCAGCGAAAUACGGCAAAUUCUUUACUAAAAAAGCUAGAUAUUAA